AUGGGGAAUCAUUCAUCUUUCAGCAAGUCGGUGGUGAGUUCAAUAUGCAAAUUUAAAAAUUUAUGAAUUUGUCCACGCUAUUUUUAUUUCAAUUGAACAAGUUGCGAAUUAGUUAGAAGCAAGGCGUAUAAUACUUGUACAAAAAAUCAUUUUUUUUCCCAUGUAAAAUUCUACAAUAAAAAUACAUAUUACAAAUACGAAGUCUCUGCGCCACCUCCGCCGGAAGUUAUAGUCUUCCACUUUCCUUCACGUUUUUUGUAAGACCCUGUAUAUUAGGAGAAAAGAACAUUUUUCUAUGACCGUCUCUCCUCUUUCCGUUGUCCCUUUUUUAGAAAUCCCGACUAAAAUUUUGAGCAAAAAUAUAUAAGUAAUGCUGUUUCUUAAAUUGUAAUCUCCUUCCCUAGGACCAAAACGAUGAGAAUCUCCUUCGUCGAAACAUGCGGACCUUUUCGCCGAUGCCCUCGCUGGAGGAAGCGCGGACCAUCAGAAGUCGAAGUUUGGAGCCUCGGGCGACCGCCGAAAUCCAUAUGGUGGAGCACAGUAAAUCGGCGAGAUAUACGCGGAAGAAAACAACAUGCCCCAGAUUAUGGGAUCCGAAUGACCCCAGGCUGUUUGCAUUGGCCCGCCAAGAGGAGCAGAAGAGGAAACAAACCCUGGUGGACGAACGGCCAAGGAGUCCAAGCCCGGCACCUGGAUUGGGUAAGGGAAAUGAAUGGAUUCGGAAAUAGGACGGGCAUGUCAUAGAUAAUACUUGCAAUUUUGGCUGAAGAUUUGUAAAAGGGUAUAAAUCAAUUCCUGAAAUUUUUAGUUUUUUCUUUACAAGGGAAGCCGAUAUGUUCAAUGAUCACGGCAGAGCAGAGAUCAUGGAAAAUGAGGAGAGAUGGCCACAGAAAAGCUUUUUUCGGUUUUAUCUUUUUCAUAAUUUGUUACUCAUUUAGAAUACGAAAUUUUUAUAAUAAUUCGAAAUCAGCUUUUUUUGAGUAAAACUGGAUCUGAAAAACUUGUGGAUUUGUGCGCCCCGCGAUCUCUCAAGAUUAUUUCAGAAGAUUUUAGUCCUUAUUUGUGCCAAAUUACAAGAUUUUUCCCCAAAUUUAUUGCAUUUGUCUCAAAAAUGAUAAUAUCAUUAAUAUUAUUUUUUUCAGUUUCGGAGCGAAGUUGCAUAACCGGAAUGACCCGGCAUCACAAAAUGAUUCUCCAGAAGAUCUGGAUGCGCGCUUCCGAAGCGGAUAUAAACGAAUGUUCCCGGAAUAUGAUGUCCCAUCUCCUCAGAUCCAAUCAGCAGUUAUAUCAGAUGUUCAACCUGGUCGGGAUGACAGACAAGGAGAUCCAGCAGAGCAUUCCCUUCAAUCGACAAGCCGCUAAUUUUGCCAUGGUCUUUGAUUUCGUGAUCACCAACCUCACCGAUGACUUGAAUCGGGUCGCCUUUGCUUUGGAGGUAGGGAUUUGGGGUACGGAAUAUUUUAGUAAAGAAUUUUUGUAGGAUAAAUAUUGGUCGAUAAACUUUGGUCGACCUCAAUUUUUUAUACAAAUUCGAGCUUUUUAGUUCGUGCUUUAUGUAUUAUACAAAAUUUGCUGGAUCUUGCGGAAAAAAAUAAAUUAAAAAAGUUAAGGCUUUAACGUUAAGGGUUUUCAAAGCGAGGACUGCAAUUUUUCCACAAAAAAUCAAGUUUUCGUAAUUUUACGACCAAAAAAUUUUUUAAGAAAUUACAGUAAUUUAAUUAUUCUGCUUUCAGUUCCUCGGCCAACACCACGCCGAUCUCGGAUUCACCAUCGAUCAGCCAUUCUGGGCCCUGUUUAAUCGCGUUUUCGAGGACAAUCCCCCCAAGUUGGUGUUCCAAAACCCCGAAGGCCAUCAGGUUUGGAAGUUGAUGGUGAAUUUUGUGGUCCGCCAAGUGAAGAACGGCUACGUGAAAGAGAUGGAAUCACCUCAGAGAAAGACCUCCAACACUCUGCAUGUGGACAGACCUUACUGA